UUACUUAAACAAUUGAUUGCACAAAUAGUUAGUUGCCAUAUUGUCAGUGUCAGGGGAGUUUCAUUUCCACUUUCAAGACUCCUCAGACACGUCCCAGGUGGGGCCAUUUUGAUGAGGCAGGGCUUUCAAAGUGGAUUUAAUUUUUAUUUUUUGCAAGGGUGAGGUGCCUGCAAAAAGGCUGCUGGAUAUCCUGGAAAGGCUCAGAGCUCAAAGCUGUUUUUUUCCCCCUCCUGCUCUGGCUUCAGUCCUCUCCCUCGGAAGCCCUGCAGUUUUGUAUAUGUUGUAGCAGGGAAGGAGACCAGAAGCUCAUUUUUUUUUCCCUCCUUCUUAAAGGAAAAAAAAAGUGUACAUUCUGGAGCCAUGAAUCAAAGGCAGUCAUGUGACGGAGGGGAGGUGCUGGGCUGGCCCCCAGCCAGUGGCAGGAGCCGAUGGGUGGAACAAACCGGGCACGAGAAGCUGACUAUGCCUAACGGAUCUCCCGCUGGGCGCCGUGGUACCCUGCUCUAGAGUCCUGCGCGCUGGCCCCGCCGCUCGGACUGGCUCGCCGGAGCCUGGAGCUGCUUUCGGCCAGGCCGGCCCCGACCCUCGGGUGGCGGAGAGGCUGGGGAAGGAACAUGGCGUGCAUGCUGAAGAGGAAGUCCGUGAUUGCUGUGAGUUUCUUAGUAGCAUUUCUGUUCCUGCUUAUCCUGCGACUCUUCCAUGAAGUAGACCUCCCUUUGGUGCUCAGCUGUUUGGGACAGUCCAGUGCCAAGUGGCUUCCCUUCUCCUCCACACACAGGCGGCCCCUCCGGACUCACUAUGGCUACACACACGUGAAAACACAGGAGCCUUUGCACCUCGACUGUGAUCUCUGUGCCAUCGUCUCCAACUCUGGUCAGAUGGCCGGCCAGAAGGUGGGCCCCGAGAUAGACAGGUCCUCCUGCAUCUGGAGAAUGAAUAACGCCCCCACCAAGGGCUAUGAGGAGGAUGUGGGCCGGAAGACGAUGAUCCGAGUUGUGUCCCACACCAGCGUCCCUCUCUUGCUUAAGAAUCCCGAUUACUUUUUCAAAGAAACCAACUCCACCAUCUACGUGAUCUGGGGGCCUUUCCGGAACAUGAGGAAGGACGGCAAUGGCAUUGUAUACAACAUGUUGAGAAAAGCUGCUGAUAUCUACCCGGGUGCCCAGAUUUAUGUGACCACGGAGAAGCGCAUGAGCUACUGUGAUGGCGUUUUUAAGAAGGAGACGGGGAAAGACCGAGUCCAGUCAGGCACUUACCUCAGCACUGGUUGGUUUACCCUGAUCCUGGCAAUGGAUGCCUGUUAUGGCAUCCAUGUCUAUGGCAUGAUUAAUGACACCUACUGCAAGUCAGAAGAUUUUAGAAAAGUCCCCUACCAUUAUUAUGAGCCAGGAAGAGAUGAAUGCGAUGAAUACAUUCUGCAUGAAAAUGCUCCAUAUGGAGGCCAUAGGUUUAUCACGGAAAAGAAAGUGUUUGCCAAGUGGGCCAAGAAGCACAAGAUCAUAUUCACACACCCCAAUUGGACAGUGUCUUGAUGCUGGUCUGCCUCACCAGUAUAAACCAGCAUGAACGAAUAGCGAUGCCUCAGCUCUAAUGAUGAUAAUGAUGCUCCAGUUGUUGAUUUAUUCUUGUACUUACAUGGGCUCUUCUCAGUGAUGGAUCCAUUUGGGGUUGGCCAGGGGGUUGGGGGCAGUGCUUUGUUUUCUCUUGUAGAGUUCUCCACUCCAUAUUGCACUUUUACAAUUGAACUGCAAUCAAAUCCAAGGUCAAUGGAACUCAUGGGAUGGCAAUGAUCUAAGAGAUGGGAAGGGUAUCUUCAAGGUAGGAGCACAACAGUCUAGGGCACCUUCUGAAAGCCAUGGGAGUUGUCCAUCAGAAAGAGGCUCACCAAAAAAGUCAAAGCUCUUGACGCCCUUUCCCAUGAACUAUUCCUUCCACCUUGAAGGUGAGUUAUUCAUAAAAGGCUGGGCCAAGGCAAGGUGCCUGGCUCCAUGAGUCUAACCAUGCUAGCUGAUUUACCUAGAGAUGCAUGGGAAGGGCAUUGUGCUGACAUUAUGCUUUCCCAGAGUCAAAUCUUGUAAUACAUUCCCCUGAUCAUUGACAAACUAGGCAUUGCAGGGAAUAGAAAGGACCCACAAGGAACCGAGGAGUCCAGGAACACUACUCCACCUCUAAGACAUUCCAGAAAAACUAUUGCUGAGUAUGAAACCUCAUUAGUCUUGAACUGCAGCUGCUCUGUUCUUGCUAGCCAAACCACAGAACUUAGCCCACUUCUUUAGAAUGAUCUGAACAAAUCCUUCAGCCCUUUUUCAUUGAGGAGCAAACAUCCAGAGGGGAUGUUUUAACACCAGAAAUGUCGACGGCAACAUUGUAGUAACAAAUACUGUGAAAACUUGUGAGACAUGCUUUAACAGCACCCAAGUGGUUGACUAACCCUGCUUAAACAUGCAAUGAGAAAAACUCAAUUUUAUAUACUUUUUAAACUCAUGGAACAUAGAAAGCCAAACAUAUUUUUACCUAGAUUUAUAGGCUAUCAUGCUUCAUAAUGUAUAUUUGUAUAUUCCAAUUUAUAUUUGAUAUACCCAAGAUUUUUCUCCCUCUCCCUCCCCCUCUC